CCGAGUCAGGAGUCGACUCGCUGGGAGUGAAGUCUCGCAGCGGCGGCAGCGGCGCGUCGUGUCCGCGCGGAGCUGCGGGUUUAUGGGGACGCGGGGCGCGCGGGGCUCGGGAGGUUCGGGAGGCUGGAGGUUCGGGAGCGGUUCGGCGGCGGUUCUGAGCGGCAGGGCUCCCCCGGAGGGGACUGGAGCUGAUGAGGAGGAGGGUGAAUCAGCGCGCGGCGGCGGUUCGGUUCGGUUCGGGGGAUUUGGUUUGAUUGCAGCUCUGGUUUGAACUCAGUUUUGGGUUGAUUUUAUAAGUUUUUAAGGAAAAAUAAGGUAAAAAUCGCGUUUCUGACGCUUUCUGGAGCAUUUGAGGAUUAGGGCGGGGAUUAUAUUUUAACAUUGCAGAAUUAAUCCUCACGUGUCUGUGUUCUUUUAUCGUUCGAGUAUACUUUUAUUAUCAUUUUUAGUUUUGUAUCAUUUUUAAAACAUGUUUUAUAAAAUUUAAAACACUCAUAUCGUAGCAGUAGCAUUUGUUUUUAUUUUAUUUGCAUUUUUAAAAUAUUUUUACAUUUAUUUUAAGCUUUUUUAUUCUUAUUUAAUGUAUUUUUAUUUAUAUAUUAUUUUAUAUUAAAACAUGUAUACAAAUGUAUAUAUAAGGGUAUGACUGAGCAUUACUUUACUUUAUUAUACUUUAUUAUUUAUCCUUUAUUAAAAAGUAAAAAAAAGUUAAUAAAAGAUGAAGAAAUAGUAACCACAACAAAAUGGGUUUAGGCCCCCUUUACACUCUCUUCUGAAAGAGCUGCCUUCGCACCUGGACUUCUCCUACUUGGACACUUCCUACCUGAAGCUGCACCUAGACUUCUCACACUUUGAGCCACACCUGUACUUCUCACACCUCAAGCCACACCCACUUUGACUCUCUGUACCUGAAGCCUCACCUGGACUCCUCCCAUCUGGAGCAACACCUGGACUCCUUCCACUUUGUUUCCUAGACUUGUCCCAUCAAGAAUCCUCCCACCUGAAGCCCUACAUAGACUCCUCCCACUUGGACUCACACCUGGAGCCACACCCAGAUUCCUCCCACUUUGUUUCCUAGUCUCCUCCCAUCUAGACCUCUCACUUCUGGACUUCUUACACUUGGAUUCCCACCUGAAGCAACACCUGGACUCCUCCCACUUCGUUUCCUAGAUUCCUUCCAUCUAGACUCCUCAUACCUGGACUCCUUACAUUUGGACUCCCACCUUGAACCACACCUAGACUCCUCCCUCUUGGACUCCACCUGGAGACACACCUAGACUCCUCCCACUUGGACUCCCACCUGGAGCUACAUCCGGACUCCUUCGACCUGGAUCCACAUCUGGACUCCUCCCACUUAGACACCUACACUUCUCCCACUUGGACUCCCACCUGAGGCAACACCUGGACUCCUCCUACUUUGUUUCUUAGACUCUUUCCAUCUAGACUCCUCCCACUUGGACUCGCAACAGAGGCUACAUUUGGACUAAUCACAGCUGAGAGAGACUCCUCGCACUUGUAUUAAUAUUUGGAGCAACACCUGGACGUCUCACACCUGGAGCUUCUGGAGGUCACAAAUGAGUCAUGCUGUGAUUUUACCUGUUGACUUUAAUCUAUAAACCACACCUGUAAACCCACAGACUGACAGUCCGGCAGACAGACAGACAGCCGGUCCUGGGGGGACCAUGGCGGACCGGACGGCCCCCCGCUGUCGGCUCAGGCUGGAGUGGAUCUACGGCUACAGGGGACACCAGUGCCGAAACAACCUGUUCUACACGGCCGGGAAGGAGGUGGUGUACUUCGUGGCCGGAGUCGGCGUGGUGUACAACACCCGUGAGCACACCCAGAGAUUCUACCUCGCCCACACCGACGACAUCAUCAGUCUUGCUCUGCAUCCGGAAAGAUCUCUUGUGGCGACGGGACAGGUUGGGAAGGACCCCUAUAUCUGUGUUUGGGACACCUUCAACAUUCAGACCGUCUCCAUACUGAAAGAUGCUCAUUCACACGGAGUGGCCUGUCUGGCCUUCAGUGCUGAAACAGGAGAGAGGUUGGUGUCUGUGGGUUUGGAUGCUAAAAAUACGGUGUGUGUUUGGGACUGGAAACGAGGCAAAGUCAUCGCUACUGCAACCGGCCACUCGGACAGGAUAUUUGACAUCACAUGGGAUCCGUUUCAGCAGAACCGUAUGGUUAGCUGUGGGGUCAAACAUAUCAAGUUUUGGUCGAUGUGUGGGAAUGCUCUGACACCUAAGCGAGGAAUCUUCGGGAAGACGGGCGAUCUUCAGACCAUCCUGUGUGUAUCAGCAGCGAAAGACGAGAUCACCUACUCCGGCGCUCUGAACGGAGAUAUCUACGUGUGGAAAGGGUUAAACCUCAUACGGACCGUGCAGGGAGCACACGGGGCAGGUAUCUUCAGCAUGUACUCCUGUGAGGAGGGUUUCGCCACCGGGGGACGAGACGGCUGCAUCCGCCUGUGGGACUCCGAGUUCAAGCCCAUCACUAAGAUCGACCUGCGGGAGACGGAGCAGGGAUAUAAAGGACUGUCUAUCCGCAGUGUGUGCUGGCGGGCUGACCGUAUCCUGGCGGGGACGCAGGACAGUGAGAUUUUUGAGGUGAUGGUUCGGGAGCGGGACAAGCCGCUGCUCAUCAUGCAGGGCCACAGCGAGGGCGAGCUCUGGGCGCUGGGCGUCCACCCCAAGAAACCCCUGGCAGUGACGGGCAGUGACGACCGCUCCGUACGGUUAUGGAGUCUGGCUGACCACGCCCUGAUAGCUCGCUGCAAUAUGGAGGAGGCAGUGCGGAGUGUGGCCUUCAGCCAUGACGGCUCUCAGUUAUCUCUGGGUAUGAAGGACGGCUCCUUCACUGUACUGCGUGUCAGAGAUAUGACGGAGAUAGUGCACAUUAAGGACAGGAAGGAGGUGAUCCACGAGCUGAAGUAUUCUCCGGACGGGGCGUACCUGGCCGUGGGCUCUAACGACGGUCUGGUGGACGUGUACGCCGUGGCUCAGCGCUAUAAGAAGGUGGGGGAGUGCAGCAGAUCCUGCAGCUUCAUCACUCACCUGGACUGGUCCAUCGACGGCAAGUUCCUGCAGACCAACGACGGAGCCGGAGAACGCUUCUUCUACAGAAUGCCCACUGGGAAACACCUGACAUCUAAAGAGGAGAUUAAAGGGAUCCACUGGGUUUCCUGGACGUGUGUAAUCGGGCCGGAGGUCAGUGGGAUCUGGCCCAAGUACACCAACCUCGCCGACAUCAACUCUCUGGAUGCCAAUUACAGCAGUGCAGUGCUGGUUACAGGAGACGACUUCGGCCUGGUCAAGUUAUUCCGCUUCCCCUGCCUGAAAAAAGGAGCGAAAUUCAAGAAGUACGUCGGACACUCCGCCCAUGUGACCAAUGUCCGGUGGUCACAUGACCAUCAGUGGGUGUUGACGACUGGCGGGGCGGAUCAUUCGCUGUUCCAGUGGCGUUUUUUGCCGGAGGGAAGCGUGAACGGCGUUAUCGAGCCUGUGUUUCAAGAUGGGUGUGCCGACUCUUACAGCGAGGAGUCGGACUCAGAGCUGUCUGAUGUGCCGGAGCUGGACUCGGACAUCGAGCAGGAGACCCAGAUCAACUACGAGCGGCAGGUCUAUAAGGAGGAUCUUCCCCAGCUGAAGCAGCAGAGCCGGGGGAGGAUGCAGCAGGUGGGCUCGCUGAAGCGGCAGCAGCCGCCGGACGCAGCGCUCCGUCUGCAGUUCGUUCACGGGUAUAGAGGAUACGACUGCAGGAAUAAUCUGUUCUAUACCCAGACGGGGGAGGUGGUGUAUCACGUAGCUGCAGUGGGAAUAGUGUAUAACAGACAGCAGCACACACAGCGCUUCUACCUGGGGCACGAUGAUGACAUCAUCAGCCUGACCGUCCACCCAAUCAAAGACUACGCUGCCACCGGACAGGUGGGUCGGGACCCGGCUGUUCAUGUUUGGGAUGUUCAGAGUCUGAAGUGCCUCUCGCUGCUCAGAGGUUUUCACCAGAGAGGAGUUUGUGCUCUAGACUUUUCAGCUGAUGGGAAGAGUCUGGUUUCAGUGGGAGUGGAUGAUAAUCACACUAUUAUAGUGUGGGACUGGAAGAAAGGAGAGAAAUUAGCCACGGCCAGAGGUCAUAAAGACAAGCUGUUCGUAGUUAAAUGCAGCCCUUUUCUCAUGGAUAAGCUGGUGACGGUGGGCAUGAAGCACAUCAGGUUCUGGCAGCUGGCGGGAGGCGGUCUUACGUUUAAGAGGGGGGUCUUUGGAAACCUGGGGAGGCCUGAGACCAUGAUGUCUGUGUGUUUUGGACACGCCCACGACCUGGUGUUCUCUGGAGCAGCCAACGGAGACAUUUACAUCUGGAAGGAGCCCACGCUCCUGAAGACCAUCAAAGCCCACGAUGGACCCGUAUUUGCCAUGUUUUCCUUAGAAAAGGGCUUCGUGACGGGAGGAAAGGAUGGAGUGGUGGAGCUUUGGGACGACACGUUUGAGAGAUGUCUCAAAACCUACGCCAUCAAGAGAUCCACGCUUUCUCCAGGAUCCAAAGGGCUUCUCCUGGAGGAUAACCCCUCUAUUCGGGCUAUAACUCUGGGCCACGGACACAUCUUGGUUGGGACAAAAAAUGGAGAGGUCCUGGAAAUAGACAAGAGUGGACCAAUUACCCUGCUGGUUCAGGGUCAUAUGGAGGGUGAGGUCUGGGGUCUUGCCGCUCACCCCCUCCAGCCAGUGUGUGCCACUGUGAGUGAUGACAGAACCCUACGCAUCUGGGAAACCUCCACCAACCACCGCAUGGUGGCCGUACGCAAACUAAAGAAAGGAGGAAGAUGCUGUGCCUUCUCCCCGGAUGGGAAAGCCUUAGCCGUGGGUCUGAAUGAUGGCAGUUUUCUGGUGGUGAAUGCGGAUACACUAGAAGACAUGGUUUCCUUCCACCACAGGAAGGAGCUCAUCUCCGACAUCAAAUUCUCUCGAGAUGCUGGUAAAUAUCUCGCUGUGGCCUCUCACGAUCACUUUGUGGACAUUUACAACGUCCUGAGCAGUAAGAGAGUGGGAAUCUGCAAAGGAGCGACCGGCUACAUCACCCACAUAGACUGGGACACCCGCGGUAAAUUGCUGCAGGUUAAUUCUGGUGCCAAAGAGCAGUUAUUCUUCGAGGCUCCGAGAGGAAAGAGACAGACUAUCCGCACUACAGAGAUUGAGAAGAUUGAGUGGGCCACCUGGACGUCUGUUCUUGGCCCGACGUGUGAGGGCAUUUGGCAGAUUGACAGCAGCAUCACUGACAUCAACGCUACCUCACUCACCAGCGACAGGAAGCUGCUGGCCACCGGAGAUGACUUCGGCUUCCUUAAACUCUACAGCUACCCUGUGAACGGUCAGUGUGCCCGAUUUAAACGUUACGUGGGUCACAGUGCUCACGUGACCAACGUGCGCUGGGCACAGGACGACGUGACCCUGCUAACAGUGGGUGGAGCUGACACUGCCCUAAUGAUUUGGACUCUGGACUCCUCAACCAAUCAGGAGAGUCGGCCUGUGGACAGUGAGGAGUCUGAGGAGGACACUGAGGAGGACGGAGGGUAUGACAGUGAUGUUGCUCGGGAGAAGGUCAUUGACUACACCACUAAGGUCUGCGCGGUCAGCAUCCGUGAGAUGGCCGGCACCAAACCUCACCAACAGCUGAAGGAAGCAUCAGCUGAGGAGAGGCAGGGCAUCGUCAAGCCUCCUGUAAGCCGGGCUGUUCCUCUUCCAGAGAAACUGCAGAAAAACAACGUCUCCAAAAAGAAGAAGCUGGUGGAGGAUCUGGUUUUGGAUCAUGUGUUUGGAUUCAGGGGAUUUGAUUGUCGGAAUAACCUUCACUACCUCAAUGACGGCACGGACAUCAUUUUCCACACUGCCGCCACCGCCGUGGUUCAGAGCCUUACCCUGGGUACUCAGAGUUUCUACCUGGAGCACACAGACGAUAUUCUCUGUCUUACUGUCAAUCAGCAUCCGAAAUACAAGAAUAUCAUCGCCACGGGACAGAUUGCUUCAGGCCAUGUCCCUGACCCACCAGGAACCACUCCCUCCAUCCACGUUUGGGAUGCCAUGAGUAAGCAAACGCUGUCCAUACUGCGCUGCUGUCACGCUAAAGGAGUCGGCUACGUGAACUUCAGCGCCACGGGAAAGCUGCUGGUGUCGGUGGGCAUUGAGUCCGAGCACACGAUCACCGUGUGGCGCUGGCAGGAAGGGACCAAAGUCACCAGUAAGGGCGGUCACCCGGACCGGAUCUUUGUGGUGGAGUUCCGGCCGGACUCUGAUUCUCAGUUUGUGUCGGUGGGGAUUAAACACGUGAAGUUCUGGACGCUGGCGGGGAACUCGCUGGUGUAUAAGAAGGGGGUGGUGGGAUCAGUGGAGGACGCCAGGAUGCAGACCAUGCUGUCUGUGGCUUUUGGUGCUAAUAAUCUGACGUUUACCGGGGCCAUUAACGGAGACGUGUACGUGUGGAGGGACCACUUCCUGCUGAGGAUGGUCGCCAAAGCUCACACCGGACCCGUCUUCACCAUGUACACCACGCUGAGGGACGGCCUGAUCGUCACCGGAGGGAAAGAGCGACCGACUAAAGAGGGAGGAGCAGUAAAGCUGUGGGAUCAGGAGAUGAAGCGAUGUCGUGCGUUUCAGCUGGAGACGGGUCAGGUUCUGGACUGUGUGAGGUCUGUGUGUCGAGGAAAGGGUAAAAUCCUGGUGGGAACAAAGGACGGAGAGAUUAUUGAAGUCGGGGAGAAGAACGCUGCCUCAAACAUCCUGAUAAACAGCCACAUGCAGGGGGAGAUCUGGGGACUGGCCACACAUCCCGCCAAAGACGUAUUUAUCACAGCCAGCGACGAUGGAACCAUCCGGAUCUGGGAUCUGGUUGAUAAAAAGCUCCUGAAUAAGGUCAGCCUGGGCCACUCAGCCAAAUGUGCCAGCUACAGUCCUGACGGAGAGAUGGUGGGAAUCGGCAUGAAGAACGGGGAGUUCGUCAUCCUCCUCACUAACUCCCUCAAAAUGUGGGGAAAGAAACGAGACAGGAGCUCCGCCAUACAGGACAUUCGGUUCAGCCCAGAUAAGCAUCUGUUAGCGGUGGGCUCAGCAGAAUGUACUGUAGACCUCUACGACCUGACUCAAAGCUCCGCCCUCAACCGGAUCAGCUACUGCAAGGACAUCCCCAGCUUCGUCAUUCAGAUGGACUUCUCUGCAGACAGCAGGUUCCUUCAGGUCUCUACAGGAGCCUACAAGCGGCAGAUCCACGAAGUGCCUUCGGGCAAAAUAGUGACUGAAAUGUCUGUAAUUGAACGAAUCACCUGGGCUUCCUGGACCAGCGCUCUUGGCGAUGAGGUUCUGGGAGUCUGGCCGAGGAACUCAGAUAAAGCCGAUGUGAUCUGUUCCUGUGUUUCACACGCCGGCCUCAACGUAGUUACAGGAGACGACUUCGGUCUCGUCAAGCUCUUCGACUUCCCCUGCCCUGAGAAGUUUGCCAAACACAAGAGGUUCUUCGGUCAUUCAGCACAUGUGACCAACAUCCGCUUCUCAUACGACGAUAAAUAUGUGGUCAGCACUGGAGGAGAUGAUUGCAGUGUAUUUAUAUGGAAAUGUCUCUGACUCAGAGACACAUUCAGAAGAUGGUAGCAUCCCCUUAAGCAAAUAUCGGCUUCUGCACUGUUUGGCACGCGGCUGCGCUACGCGAGACUCUGCAAAAGAGCGCGAGAGCGUCGUCUGAAUGAGGAAAUAAAGCUGAAUUGUGAUUGGAUGAAUGGGAAUGUACACUACAGUGGAGUGAGAGUGCUCAGCUCAGAGGUAAAUACUUACGUUUACAGUGUAAUCUGUUCUAAACCAAGUAACUGCAGCACAGAUUGCCAAUAUACAUGUCUGUUUACGCAUGUACGAGUGUGUGUGUGUGUGUGUCUGUGUGUGUGUAUGUAUGAGAGUAAUGCUAUAUUUAAACUAUAUUUAUGUAGUUUUUUCACUUUUAUGCUUUAUAAUGGUUAUAAUCACCAAACAUAAGUGCCUUUCUCACCUGUGUCUCUUAGAUUCAGUCUGUGUUUUAAUGCUCUGGUGCUAAAUACAUAUAUUUAUACACUUAUAUAUACAUAAUAUAUAUAAUAUACAGCUCUGGAAGAAAUAAGAGACUUCUUUGAUUUUACCUGAACUGAAAACCUAUAUAUAAUCAUAUAAUCAAGAGGAAGAUGGAUGAUCACAAGCAUCAUCAAACCACCAAACUGAACUACUUACAUUUUUGCACCAGGAGUAAAUCAGCAUAAAGUUACCCAAAAGCAGUGUGUAAGACUGGUGGAGGAGAACAUGAUGCAAAGAUGCAUGAAAACUGUGAUUAAAAACCAACCAGGAUUAUUCCACCAAAUAUUGAUUAUUUCUGAACUCUUAAAACUUUAUGAAUAUGAACUUGUUUUCUUUGCAUUAUUUGAGGUCUGAAAGCUCUGCAUCUUUUUUGUUAUUUCAGUCAUUUCUCAUUUUCUGUAAAUAAAUGCUCUAAAUGAGAAUAUUUUUAUUUGUAAUUUGGGAGAAAUGUUGUCUGUAGUUUAUAGAAUAAAACAACAAUGUUCAUUUUACUCAAACAUAAACCUAUAAAUAGCAAAAUCAGAGAAACUGAUUCAGACACUGAAGUGCUCUCUUCGUUUUUUCCAGAGCUGUUUAUAAUGAUUAGGUUCUGUUGUUUAAUUUGUAAUAUAUUUGUUGUGAACUAUGCAUAAUAUACAACAAUAUAAAUGUAUGAUCUGAUAUUGAUUAUCUGUGAUAGUUCAAGAUAAUGUAAAAUGCAAUUGAUAAAUGCUUGUAAAUCGUGCAUUAUUUUACAAUGUAGUGAAUUACGUAUCAUCACUCAUGCAAGAACCAUGUAUCUCCAUUUUGGAGGUAUUCGCUUAAAGGGUUUUAAGUGUUAGUUUUUUUUUCUUUUUUUUUCUCAAUUUUUAUUUUUUGGAAAACUCAGAAGGUCACUAAUAAAACUAUAAAAUGAUCUUUUACUAAGAGGAGCACGCACCACCUGUUUUUUUAUAUUUAAAAUACAUUUAAAGCAGCCAAUGGCUUGAAAAUUGUGGUUAAAUCGUGUAGGGUUCUCUUUAAAAAAGCAUGAAAGCCAAGUAAUCACAAAAUCUUUUUAUUCUCAAUCUCAAACACGUAAAUUUUCAUCAACUUUUAAUUUUAUGAUAAUUUACCUUUUUUAUUAAUUUUUGAGGAAGGUAUUAGGAGUCAUAAAUGUCUUUCACACUUGACACACUUGACUUUUACACUUGAAAAAAAGCUUAAACAUAAUAAAAACAUUAAACAUUAAUAAAAUGUAUAGAUUAAUAAUAGAACCAGAAAAAUAAAAUGAUAAAAAGAUGCUGAAAUUAAUGAUUAUAGGAGCUUAUUAUAAAAAUAAAGUAAUUAAAAAAAUUGUAUAUAUGUUUUUAUAGAGUUAUGCACUAUAGGACACUAUAGGACAAGUGAACAGCUGAUAUAUUCAAUAUACUCUUAUAUUUACACACAGUGGGAAAAAGAGAUUAUAAGGAUUAUAAUUUUAACAUGAAAGAUGCAACAAAACAAAAAGGGGGAAAGUGGUUCAUUAUCAAUGCUGCAUUUACAGAAGAGACUACUGAUGCUCAUAUAUAUAUAUAUAUAUAUAUAUCACAUAUAUAUCAUAUAUAUAUAUCACCAAAGUGUUCUUAUUUGAACGAUGUGCUGUUUCUAGUGAAAAUACAGCAUUUUGUGUUGCUGGACAGAAUCAUAAUCACUAAAAUUUGCAUUAUCAUAUACAUUUAUUUCUGUACAGUUUUGGCAUUGAUUGAUGUCCUAAAAGCUUUUACACACCGAUCAGCAUUUUCCCUCCUGCCCCGCCCCUAAACCCAUACAUCACCCAGAGCCCCUCACAAUUUACCCCUCCCUAAGAUCGGAGUCAGCUAAAAUCAGGGGGGUUAGUUACCCUUUAAUAAUUACGACAGAUUCGGUGUAUACAGAUAAUUUUAUUAUUAAUAUAAAGUAUUUUGCCAUUUUUUAUUUAAUGUUCAGUGUGUAACGGCCUUAAGAGUACAUCAUUAGAAAAUUGGGACGUCCUGAUUCAGUCCAAUCAGGUUUUUAAUCGUUUAUAUUAAUCCUGAUUCUCCUUUAAUCCUUUGUUUUUCUCGUUUUGUUAAACUAAACAUGUUAGAAGCAACUAUUAGGCUUUAAUUUCAGACAUUUACUAUGAACAACAUGCUACCAAAACUAAAAAUACACACCCUUAAUGUUAAAUUGUUUUACUUUGAUUUUUAUUGAACAUUUUCCCAAUAAAAAUAUUUUUUUGUCUCCUGUAAAAUUGGCAGAUUUAACUAUUUUUUUAUUGGACAAUAUAUUGGCCCAGUUUUUUGUCCAAUUAUUUUUUAUUGGAUGAUUGAUCCAGUUUUUGUCCAAUUUUUGUCUAGCUAUUUUUUAUUGGCCGAUAUAUUGACCCAGUUUUUUGUCCGAUAUUUGGCCAAAUAUUUUUUAUUGGACGAUAUAUUUACCCAGUUUUUUGUCCAUCAAUUUUUUUAUUGGACUAUAUAGUGGCCCAUUUUUUUUUGUCAAAUUUUGUCCAAAUAUUUGUUUUUGGAUGAUAUAUUGACCCAGAAAUAAUUGCGUUUAACAGUAAUAUUAUCAUUUUAUGACUUUGUUACGUUCUUCCCAUACCAUAGUCCACUCUGUGUGUGUAGAUACCUUUAUUUAUGCACUAGACAUUGUGACACUGGCUAAUGUCUAUGUAUUGUACGAUAAAUUGUACAAUAAAACUUUAAUUACAUUUUUUUUUUAAAUUUAAUUAUCUGUAACAGGUCUUCAUCUUAACUACCCUAUGUUUUUAUAUUUCCAUUUGGAAACACUAAGAUUAGAUCAUCCUAUAUACAGUAUUACUGUGAUCAGACUGGAUCAGGACGUCCCUGUUACAAAACAAACUCAAAUUCAACAGAGUAAAAUUUUGACGAUUCUGACAUUUAGACGAGCCGUUAGAGAGAAUUUCAGACACUUUUUACACCAAAGUUUUCUAUGCAGUCUUGAAUUGUCUUGAAGCUAAAAAGCUGAGAAUAUGACGACAUAACCAGCUUUUUUUUUUCAUAAUCCAUCAUAUUUAUACUGUUUUUUUAAUAUUUAAUUCACCAGACAUGUGCAAUUAUAGAACUUGAAAUUAUAGGAAAUGAUAGAAGAGCUCAGUCUGUAAAAUUAUGUUUUAAAUUAUUAUUUUUGGUUAAAUUAUGUCUGUUAUGUGUAUGUUUUAAUAUUAAAUUGACAUUAAAUCAGUUUUUUUGGUU